AAUGUAGUCUGCGCAUGUGCAAGAGUGGGACGCGUUGGUUUCUGCUUUUACGUGUUUUGACCUUAGGUCCUGCCGUACCGUCCAGGUGGCGAGUUACUUUGUGGUUCCGUUGUGUGUGUGCGGUGAGCUGACUGUGCUCCACUUUAUCCGCGGGCGCUAGAGCCACCAUGAACCGCUACACCUUCGCGGCGGGCGAGCGGCUGGUGUCGCCAGCUUACGUGCGACAGGGCUGUGAGGCCCGCCGCACGCAUGAGCACCUCGUACUGCAACUUCUGGAGAAGGGCAAGUGUCCAGAGGAUGGUUGGGAUGAAAGUACGCUUGAGCUCUUUUUACAUGAACUUGCAAUCAUGGAUAGCAACAAUUUCUUGGGCAAUUGUGGUGUGGGAGAAAGGGAAGGGAGAGUGGCAUCUGCAUUAGUUGCUCGACGUCAUUACAGGCUCAUUCAUGGCAUUGGACGGUCUGGUGAUAUUUCUGCUGUGCAGCCGAAAGCCGCAGGCUCGAGCCUUUUGAACAAAAUUACCAAUUCUUUGGUCCUGGACAUCAUAAAGUUGGCUGGUGUUCCUGCAGUGGCAAAUUGCUUUGUAGUUCCUAUGGCGACUGGUAUGAGUCUAACCCUGUGUUUUUUAACGUUAAGACACAAAAGACCAAAAGCAAAGUAUAUCAUAUGGCCACGAAUAGACCAGAAGUCCUGCUUUAAAUCCAUGAUCACUGCAGGUUUUGAACCCGUGGUGAUAGAAAACUUUUUAGAAGGGGAUGAGCUGCGCACAGAUCUGAAAGCAGUGGAGGCCAAAGUUCAGGAACUGGGGCCUGACUCCAUUCUGUGUGUUCACUCUACUACAUCCUGCAUCGCUCCACGAGUGCCUGAUAAAAUAGAAGAACUGGCUGUGAUUUGUGCUAAUUAUGGCAUUCCACAUAUAGUCAACAAUGCUUACGGAGUACAGUCUUCAAAGUGCAUGCACCUCAUUCAGCAGGGGGCUCGAGUUGGUAGAAUAGAUGCUUUUGUUCAGAGUUUGGACAAAAAUUUUAUGGUUCCAGUAGGUGGCGCUAUAAUUGCUGGCUUUAAUGAUUCCUUCAUUCAGGAAAUCAGCAAAAUGUAUCCAGGAAGAGCAUCGGCCUCCCCUUCUUUAGAUGUCCUUAUUACCUUGCUAUCACUUGGAUCAAAUGGUUAUAAGAAACUGUUAAAAGAAAGAAAGGAAAUGUUUUCAUAUUUGUCUGACCAACUAAAGAAAUUGUCGGAAGCCUACUGUGAAAGACUGUUGCAGACACCUCACAAUCCCAUAUCAUUAGCUGUGACACUUAAGACACUAGAUGCACAGCAUGACAAAGCUGUCACUCAGCUUGGCUCAAUGCUUUUUACCAGACAGGUUUCUGGUGCCAGGGUUGUGCCUCUUGGGUUUGUGCAAACUAUGAGUGGCCACACUUUUAGAGGCUUCAUGUCCCAUGCAAACGACUACCCCUGUGCUUACCUCAACGCUGCAGCAGCUAUCGGAAUGAAGACGCAGGAUGUAGACUUGUUCAUAAAGAGACUUGACAAGUGUUUAAAGACAGUAAGAAAAGAACAAAAUAAAGAGAGUGACGUACCUGGAGUUGACAAAAACAAUAAAACUGAAAAUGUGGAUAUUGAAGAAAUGGCUUUAAAACUAGAUAAUGUGCUUCUUGACACAUACCAAGAUACUUCUUCAUGACCUGUGAAGGACUUCCUUUUGUAAUUUGAAAAAAAUGAUGCAGCUACAGUACAGGCAGGCACUUUUAAGGUAGGACUUGAGAUUGUUGAAUUGAGAAUUUUGUGGAGACUAUUUAAUCGAAGUAGGCUGUGGUCUGAGCCCUUGAUGAUUGUUAUGUGUUUUAGUGUUGGACUCCCUAAAUCCUUAUGACCCGUAACGAGUUAUAAUAUACAGUUAGAUUUUCUUCUGAUUGUGAGAAUAUUUGUCAACUAAGCACCAUGAGUCAAAUAAUUCAUACUAAUACAAUGACUGUAAAUUUACCCCUAA